AUGAACCAAGACAAAGACAAGCACGUCCAAGUGGACCCUGAAUCCACAGUGGAGAAGGAUGUUGCACUCGGCACAGCUCAUGAUAUUGGCGCCGACUUGUACCUCGAGGCAGAGCAGUUGUCCCCGCAGGAACUGGAGACCGAGGGGCCAAAAGUACUCCGCAUUAUCGACUGGCGAAUUAUGCCAAUGUCAGACAAAUUGUCGCUCAAUUAUGCAUCUGCAUACUCCCUAAUCCCCGACCUGGGUCUGGAGGGCCAGCGAUACUCAUGGGUCGCGGCGAUAUUCAACUUCGGCUAUUUAUUCUGGGCCCUGCCGGCUAGUUUACUGAUCCAGCGACUACCGAUUGCUAAAUAUAUGGGCGGAAUGCUACUGAUCUGGAGUGUGCUGGUUAUCGCUCAUAUCGGAGCAACUAACUACGGGGGAAUCCUGGUGUUGAGAUUCCUACUGGGUAUGGCAGAAGCUGGAGUUAGUCCCUGCAUGAUGAACCUCACAGCAAUGUUUUACAAACGGUCCGAACAGCCAAUACGCAUGGCAAUCUGGCUAAGCGCCAAUGGCAUGGCCACUAUGGUCGGAGCCCUAUUGGGAUUCGGCCUUGGCCAUUCGCACAACACAGCCCUUCACAGCUGGCAAUUAAUUUUUUUGACAAUCGGUCUUCUCAACUUCGUCUCCGGGUGUCUUUUCCUAUGGCUCAUGCCCGACUCACCCAGUACCGCACGCUUCCUAACACACCGACAGCGCGUGAUAGCCGUCCAACGCGUGGCCGAGAACAUGAUUGGCGUGAAAACGCGAGAAAUCAAACCCAGCCAAGCUCUCGAAAAUCUAUGGGAUAUCAAAGUCCUCUGCUGUGCCGGAAUCGGCAUCGCAUGUGGUGUAAUCAAUGGCGGUGUUUCGAAUUUUGCAUCCUCACUCAUUAAAGGGUUUGGAUUUGAUGGAAUCUACGCUACAUUAUUGCAGCUUCCCACCGGUGCCAUUGAGGCUGUUGUCGUUCCAAUCUGCGGUAUUGUCGCAACAUACGUCAAAGACUCGCGCUGUAUCGUGCUGGCUAUUGUCUGUCUUAUUCCAUUUGGUGGUCUUUUGGGAAUCCGUUUCACGGAUCUAGAUCACCGUUGGACUUUGGUCGGAUGUACCUGGCUACAAUACAUAAUUGGGGCACCGGUGAUCGUGUCGUGGAAUUUACUCGCGACUAAUGUGGGUGGACAUACGAAGCGUUCGGUCGCGAAUGGUAUGUGGUUCUCGCUGUAUGCUGCUGGGAAUGUGGCGGGGGCCAAUAUAUUCUUUUCGCGUGAAGCUCCUCGCUAUCACUCGGCUUUGGCUGGGCUUUUGAUUUGCUACGCUGGUAUUAUUGUCUUGUCGGCUGUGGCGUAUGUUGCUAUGAAAUGGGAGAAUACAAGGAGAGAUGCUGCGGUUGGCGACAUGACACAGGAGGAUAUUUCUGCCCAGGCUGUUGUGGAUGGCUUUAAGGAUAUGACAGAUAUCGAGUCUAAGCAUUUUAGAUAUGCUCUUUGA